AUGUCAGUAGUGUGUGAACAUUGCUUGGCAUUGAAAUUCAAGGACGAAUCGAAAGGCAUGUGUUGCUUACAAGGAAAAGUCAAAUUAGAAGAAGUUCUCCUUCCACCUGAACCACUUCACUCUGUUCUUACGGAUCCAGAUACACAAGCAUCUACGCGGUGUACAAGUGUUGCACAGCCAAUUGAUAGAGAUUUGAUUAGAUCUCUCCAAGAUAUGUUACAUUCUCAUAAUUGCUACAUACAGUCUUUCAAAACUGCGAUUGAGAGUGUUCCAGCAGAUAAUCCUGACUUUAAUGUCGUAAUCCAUGCAAAUAAAGUUCCUGUUGGAGAACACAGAGGACGAUACAAUGCGCCUUCCACGAGUGAAGUAGCAGUGGUGAUAGCUGGACAGCAAUUUGACAAAAGAGAUAUUGUAUUGCAUAGUCGUGAUGAUAAUUUGCAAAAAAAUUCAGAGUUACACAGAUCUUAUGACAGCUUACAAUAUCCUUUGAUGCUAUGUCGUGGAGAAAAUGGUUAUGCCAUUAAUAUUUCUCAAGUUAACCCAAUCGGUGGUACACCUCUGCGUAAAACAGUGUCAUGGGCGGUUUAUGAACAAAUGUGCCUUUCUAGAAAAGUCUUCAAGAGUCGCCUGAAGUGGGCUCAAAAUAACCAGGAGCAGAUUAAAAUGGAUUUAAUAGCUGAGCAGAGAGCCAACAAAAACUUUGUUCAAUUUUGGAAGUCCACAGGUAAAUUGAAUCUUAGGCCUAGUAUCCCAGCGAGUGUAGGGGGUGAGAGUGACCCAGAGAAGAUUGCGAAUGUAUUUAUGAAACAUUUUAAAGUACGGUCUCCUCUAGGCCCCUCAGUUGGGGCGCCUUUCACUGGGCCCGACGGGUGUAGUGAGUCGCCAGGGUUUUUUGUAUCUGCCAAACAAAUUAAAGAUAUUUUAAAUACCAUGGGCAGAGAUAAAUCUCCUGGGCACGACGGGCUCAAUAUUGAGCAUUUAUGGUAUGCAGGUGGUCACUUACCUAGAGUACUCUCUAUGUUGUAUUCGUUAUGUAUCAGUCACUCGUAUCUAUCUGCGGCUUUAAUGGAUACCAUAGUGGUUCCUGUUAUUAAAAAUAGAUCUGGUGACAUCUCUGACAAGGGAAACUAUCGUCCUAUAUCUCUUGCUACUAUAAUGGCUAAGGUGCUGGACAGUGUGCUUGACUCGAGUUUGAAUAAUUUUAUGAAUCUCCAUGACGCUCAGUUUGGCUUUCGACCAGGACUCUCCACUGAAGCUGCUAUUCUAAGUCUGAAGCACACUGUCCAGUAUUAUACGAAGCGCAAUACACCGGUGUAUGCCUGCUUCCUGGAUUUGACUCGGGCCUUUGAUCUUGUAUCGUAUGAUGUGCUUUGGAGGAAGAUGGAGGACAGGGGUGUGCCAACUCAACUGUUAAAUAUAUUUAAAUUUUGGUAUGCCAAGCAGAACAACACUGUGAAGUGGUCUAACGCUUUUUCUACAUCGUAUAGGUUGGAGAGUGGUGUAAGACAGGGUGGUCUGUCAUCUCCUAAACUAUUUAAUCUGAACAUUAACGACCUAAGCGUAGAACUUAGCAGCAUGUGUGUAGGUUGUAGAGUUAAUGGAGUAAGCAUCAGCAACCUUAGCUAUGUUGAUGAUAUGGUGCUGCUGGCUCCGACAGCAGGGGCGAUUACAGAAAUGCUGCGUGUGUGUGAGGUAUACGCUUGUUAG